GCCAUGUUUAGCUGGAGUCACACAGUUAACCAGAAGAACUGCCUUGUCCUGCUUUCGCCAGUAGUUUUACUCUUUUAUAUGAUUAGUCCAUAUGUGUUUUAGACCAAAUUAAUUGUAUAACCCCCCUCCCGUGCCUUUGAUAAGAUGUUGAGUAACUCUGGGCAGUGAAGGGACGUGUUCAUCCUCGGUCAUGGACCCUCUGGACCAGGUCGAUGUCAUGCACCUUCAGGAGUCUCGUUCCUCAGCUCUGGAUCUGUCUGUGGGCUGCAGGCAGGGCCCACUAAACUCCAUGGAGGCUUUGGAUUUGGUGAAGAAGCCCAGCUGGUGUGGCAUUACCUCAGGGAGCAGGAGCGCUAACAUGUCCGAGUCUCGGUCCGGUCGGUACAUCACUCGGCCCAGCAAACAGACUCCACCUGAUCACCCAGAACCAGGAUCAAAGCUCCAUGGGAUUUGCGGGACAUCAUCCCAUGGCUCCUACUCUAUGCCUUUACCCCUGAUCAAUGGAUUGCCAUCCGUGGCUCAGAUACUGUCUCAGUGCCCACCGACACACCAAGAGUUUGAGGAUGACACAGAUUCCGACGUUGAAAUGGACGAAGCGUUGACGCAAGCGAAAAGAUGUCGCAAGAGAGUGUUAGAAAACCGCACACUAGGAGGUAGGAUAGCACACAAUGCAUUCGAGACACAUCCAUACUUUAGUGACGCACUGUCACAGACUAAGGGCUCGUCACGUUUACCUCAGGACGCCAACAACGCCGCCGCACACACACUACGUUCCACCAGCUCAGCGGUUGAGUCGACUGCCAUUGAAACCCUCGCAUCCGAAUGUACCGCCGCUAACGAAACGUCUCCCUGCUCCGCUGAAUACAUCUCCAGUGACGAGGACAGUGACGUCAUUGAGGUGCCGGUAAGCAACUCCAGAUGCAAGACUCCUUUGAACUGGCGCUCCCGAACUGAAAGUGUUAUCGUUAACGACAUGAGCAGUGGAAGACGAAACAAUUUCUCCAUGAAGCAGGAAGUAGACUAUGAUCAUCAAAUAGCCAAUCCCAGAAAUGUGAACAACGUCUACGCAAUGGAUGAACCGAUCUUUGAAGGCCGUGACGGUAGGACUGGCUCCGGAUCCAAAUCGCUGCUGUCGUGGAUGGAGUCGGUCUUGAUACCCAUAUCCCCGCAGGACAGCGAUCAAGAAGACAUGGAUGCUGCUUAUUCCCAAAACUUCCCGUCUACCUCAGAUGGCGAAAACACGAGCGUCUUGGCGUCUCCGCAGAUUGGGGCGUCUUCUUCAACGCCAAACCAUUCCCGGAAGACUACGGCCUCGAAAAGUAGGAAGAGGACAAAACCGAGGCCCAAACCCAGGUCCCAAUCCAGUUCCCAACCCAGACCCCAACCCAGACCCAAAACGGCUAAGCAGGCGAGGCCGUCACCAGGCAGUAAAUCUGCAGCUAGUAAGGCUAAGAGAAGAAGAAAGCCUUGGACAUCUGGAGUUUCAUCCCUGUUUUCUCCUAAAGAGCCGGAGAUUAAACUCCGAUAUGCAAACCACAAAGAAGAGAAGACUCACGCCAGGCUUGAUGGCUUCGCCCCUUACAUCCGUAUGAAGUUCUCUUCCUGCUCAAUCGUUAAUUUUAGGGAAGAGGACGAUUUUUCGACAAAGAAAGGGUCCCAGCAGAUAGUCUCGGGAGUCAUCCCGAAAUCCUCCUGUCUGCAGCUGGGCCGGGUCGGCUCCGAGGCCAGGCUUCAGGUCCGGCGCUUCUGCUGCCUGUGUGGACGGCCCGGGAACGUCGAAGGCCUCGGGGACCUGCAUGGGCCGUACCACUCCAGAGGAGCUCAGCCCGUCUGUAAGGUCGACCGCAGUCCCGAAGCACAGAAGCAGGACCCCGACUGCAGCGAUCCGGACUCCGUCUGUAGUUUAGAGGACGGGGCGCCCCGGGCGGUCCCACGGGAGACGAAGGAGAACUGCUCGGGGAACGUGGAGGAGUCCGGGGUCUGUGCUGAGCUCUGGAUACAUGAGGACUGCAGUAUUUGGACGGCAGGCAUCUUUUUGGUUAAAGGGAAACUCUACGGAUUGGAGGAGGCCAUCCGACUUGCACAAGGAACAGUGUGUUCGCACUGUCACAUGGUUGGUGCCACUCUGGGAUGUUUCUUCAAAGAUUGCCCCAAUAAGUACCACUUCCCCUGUGCCCUGCAGUCAGACAGUGCGCUCAACGAGGAGAACUUCACCAUCAGAUGCCCGAAGCACAAGAAUAAAGCAUCCAGAUUGAGCGUCAGCAGGCUGAAGAACAGAUGACAUCUGGGACGGGUUGAAAUGUCUUUGAAGGUAGACUUCAGCAGGUCGUCUGGCCGCGCGGUGGAUCCCUGAAGUGUUUACAGAUUGUUCCAGUUGAUUUUGUACUUCACGUGUUUGAGUGUUUACAUGUACUCUCAGGC